UUUAAGAACCUUUCAUCAUCUUCCGGGUUGAUUUCUGGUCAGAUAGAAUCCAAGAUGGCGACUCACAUGUCGAGGUGCAGAACCUGGAGUCGUGUUCAAAGGUUUGGGAUCGCAGCUUACAGAAAAUACAGCAGUGGCAGCGGAUACCCAAACAUCUCCCUCUCUUCGCCCCUGCCUGGGAUCCCCAAGCCAGUGUUCGCAUCUGUCGACGCUCACGAAAAAUACGAGACAAGGAUCACUACACUAGAAAACGGCCUCAAAGUUGCUUCCCAAAACAAGUUUGGUCAAUUCUGCACAGUUGGAAUUUUAGUAAAUUCUGGAUCCAGACAUGAAGCAAAGUAUCCCAGUGGAAUAGCCCAUUUUGUAGAGAAACUCGCCUUUUCUUCCACAGCUCAGUACGGGAGCAGGGAUGAAAUUCUCCUCACGUUGGAAAAACAUGGAGGGAUAUGUGACUGCCAAACAUCCAGAGACACCACCAUGUAUGCCGUGUCUGCCGAGGUGAAGGGUCUGGACACAGUGGUCAGUCUUCUCUCUGAUGCUGUUCUUCAGCCUCGCCUGCUGGAUGAUGAGAUCGAGAUGACCAAGAUGGCGGUCCGCUUUGAGUUAGAAGAUCUCAACAUGAGGCCAGACCCUGAACCCUUACUGACUGAGAUGAUCCAUGCUGCCGCGUAUCAGAACAACACAGUUGGACUGCCUCGUUUCUGUCCUGUCCACAACGUGGAAAAGAUCGACAAGAACAUGCUCCACAGUUACCUCCGUAACUACUACAGUCCUGAGCGGAUGGUGCUGGCCGGAGUGGGCAUCGAACACGAGCAGCUAGUCGAAUGUGCCAGGAAAUACCUGCUGAAUGCAAGGCCAGUGUGGGGAGCAGGCACGGUGUCCAAUGUGGACCUCUCUGUCGCCCAGUACACCGGUGGCAUCGUCAAGAUGGAGAAGGACAUGUCAGAUGUAAGCCUUGGCCCCACCCCAAUCCCAGAGCUCACCCACAUCAUGAUCGGCCUGGAGAGCUGCUCUUUCUUGGAGGAUGACUUCAUCCCAUUUGCGGUCCUCAACAUGAUGAUGGGUGGAGGUGGAUCCUUCUCUGCAGGAGGACCAGGGAAAGGCAUGUUCACCCGCCUGUACCUGAACGUGCUCAACAGGCAUCAUUGGAUGUACAAUGCCACCUCUUACCAUCACAGCUAUGAGGACAGCGGUCUGCUGUGUAUCCACGCCAGUGCAGACCCAAGACAGGUGAGAGAAAUGGUGGAAAUAAUAACAAAGGAGUUCAUUCAGAUGUCUGGCAGCGCAGGAGAGAUGGAGCUUGAGAGAGCAAAGACUCAGCUCAAGUCCAUGUUGAUGAUGAACCUUGAGUCACGGCCGGUGAUUUUUGAAGAUGUUGGCCGUCAGGUUCUCUCCACAGGAAAGAGAAAGCUGCCACAUGAACUGUGUGAUCUCAUCAGUAAUGUGACAGCCACUGACAUUAAGAGAGUAACCACCAAGAUGCUGCGCAGCAAACCAGCAGUAGCAGCUCUAGGAGACCUGGCGGAGCUGCCCUCAUACGAACACAUCCAGGCCGCCUUGUCCAGCAAGGAUGGACGUCUGCCCCGCAUGUAUCGCCUCUUCCGAUAGACCCCUCCUGGGCCUGGCUAUUGAGCCAGACAUCACUGCUAAACUGGCAUCAGUGUAAAUAAGCUGGACUGACAGAUUUCACUAGUGAUCCCUCCCACCAACACAGGACUCGACACAGCUCACUUUGGGAGGGGGCUAAUAUCCGGGCUCUCCACUGAUCCUCUGUGAGUGGGGAUUUUAAAGCAAGGUUACAUUUUACUUCACUGUCCCCUAGUCUACAUACAGUUAGAGUAUCUGUAUUUAUUGUAAGCGAGCUGGAAGCCAUGUUUCAUUAUUUACUAGGGUGGUUUGCAGGAGUUUGCAUGAAGAUGGACAAUUCCCCUAAAGGACAGGACAAAAUUGUAAAUGCCCCCCAUACAGAUCUGUUAUGUAAAAGUUCAUAAAUGUAUGACAUUUAAUGUGAAUCUGCAAAUACUGGUGAGAGGAGCAGUGUUCUUACAGAUCCUCACCUGCAAUCUUCUCUUUUUCCAUGAAUGGAACAAAACAGCAGAUUAAAAUCUAGUAUUUAUACAAAUGCAUUUCAUUAUCUCUACCUUAUGAAAGACUUAAAGGGAAAAGGGAGAGUAGGAAGUUUUGUUUCAAAAGAAUUCAAGGAUAAACUAUAUAGUGUCAGUUUAAGGUUUCAGUGUUGGCGCAAAUAAAAGAAAAUAUUAAGAAUUUA